AGGCAAGAGAAGAGAAAAUGGGCAGUAGGAUUGUUUCUGGGUACCGCCAUGUUAUAUUCCUCCCGGACAAUCAUGCCCCUGUCCAUAGUUACAGUGUCAGAAGAAAUGGGGUGGGAUAAAACUGAAGCUGGCACAGUACUGUCAGCUUUUUUCUGGGGUUACACAAUGACCCAGUUUCUAGGAGGGUAUUUGAGCGACCGUGUAGGAGGGGAUGUGGUGAUACCCAUAGCAGCCUGUCUCUGGGGGCUGAUCACAUUCUGGACCCCACAGUUAGCCUACGCAGCCUCUGAUAAACAUAAUGCCCUGUAUAUAGUGGUAUUGACUAGGGCGUUACAGGGUAUAUUUCAAGGUUUUCAUUUUCCAAGUAUGACUAGCCUAGUCUCUAAAAAAACGACCCAAACAGAAAGAUCGUCAACUUUUGUUGCCAUUGCUACUGGGUCUACUUUUGGAACCUUACUAACAGGAAGCUUGGGGUCCUUUUUAUUAGACAGAUACGGGUGGAACAUGCCCUUUUAUUUUAUAGGAGGGUGUAGUAUAUUAUGGAUGUUGGGGUUGAGAUAUUUCUUAAUUAAAAAACAUCGUCUGAAUAAUAUUAACGUGAGAUUAGACGAGGGACCGAACCCAAAUAAAAUACGAGGUCAACCAGCUGUACCGUGGGUCACACUCUUCACUAAACCAGCUUUCUGGUCAUUAAUAGUUGGUCAUUUUUGUGAAAAUAACGCUUUUUAUAUUUUAUUGUCAUGGUUACCAACAUAUUUUCAUGAAAAUUUUCCCCAUGCCAAGGGCUGGGUUUUUAAUGUGGUACCAUGGGUAGUAACUAUACCCAGUUCAUUGUGUAGUGGGUGGAUAGCUGACCAUAUGAUUACUAAAGGUUAUUCUGUCACAUUUGUCCGAAAAUUGAUGGAGAGUGUGGCCUUAUUAGGAACAUCGUGUUUUUUAGUGUUAAUAUCAUACACUACAACCUAUGCUGGUUCCUUAACGUGUAUGGCUAUAGCUAUAUCAUGUUGUGGUUUUCAUAACAGUGGGAUAUUAGUCAACCCUCAAGAUAUAGCUCCUAAACACGCUGGCUCCGUCUUCGGUAUAAUGAAUAUGGCUGGAGCUAUCCCAGGUUUUGUAGGGGUAUAUAUCGCAGGACAUAUUUUAGAAGCCACAAAAAGUUGGAGUGCCGUGUUUAACCAAACAGCAGGUGUGUGUAUGGUGGGAUGGGUGGUCUUUAUAUUUUUUGGAACGGGCAAACAGAUUAUUUAA